AUGGCGAUGAUGAUGACUGGCCGUGUGCUGCUGGUGUGUGCCCUCUGCGUGCUGUGGUGCGGUCUUUCGGGAAUUGCGGCCUAUGAUGCUGAUGGUGCCGAUGGCAGUGCGGUUGAGUAUUCGCUCUCGCGGUGGCGCGCUCAGCUGCGGAGGGGUUGCGCGGUGGAGGUCAGCAGGAGGACAGGAGGCGGUGCGAAUGCGUCCGCCGUGGAGGAAUGCGUGGGUCGGGGGAUGGACGGUGUGCGUGCCGUUGUGGAUGGCCGUAGCCGUUGGAGGCGUCAGCAGUUUGCCGUGGCUGCUGCUGCUGUUGAUGGUGAUGUUGAUUCUGGUGAGGUUGACAUAAAUUCCGUAUCUUCCCCAGAGGAUCAGUCAGGGACUGGUGCUGGUUCGCGGGAAGAGUCACAAGUGAAACCACCGGUCGUUUCAGAACCAGGGCAAGCAGAUACAACACCAGGAGGAGAGAAUCCACCGAAACCCGCAGAGUCUCUUGAGACGGCGAAAGGCAAAAGUGGAGGGACAUCAAAGGAAAAAGACAAAGAGGAAAGGCCGACUGUAGAGACGAAAGGUCCUAACAGUACCGAUGAUAACAAACAAGUUGACAAUGCAGCCAUCGGCAAUUCAAAUGGAGGUCGGGAAGAAAAGAACGGAGUCACGCUGCAAGUUCAAGACGAAGUCGUGAAACCCAAAGAAGAAAAACAAGAACCGCAAAAAGAAUUGGAAGAGAAAGAAAAGCAAAAGGCUCAAGGGAAUAAAAAGGACGAUCCUGAAGAUCCCGGGGAAGAUGCUGAAGACACUGAAGAUUCAGCUGAUGGCACAGAUCACAAAGAGGGUGAAGGACAGAAGGAAGGAGAUGCAGGAAGCAAUAAAAAAGGAAAAGAAUUGAAUGGGGGUGGUGAUACCGACGGUACACCCCCUGACGCACCUGUAGUUCUUCAGCCUGCUCCCCCUGUUGAAGUUACGGACCCUCAAAGUAUUGAGAAAACGAACGAUGACGACACUGGGGGAAAAGAAGACGCCGGCAGAACGCAAACGCAAGAAGCAGCAGGACCAUCACAGGCAGAGAAUUUAACAGCAGAAUUAAGUACCGAAGAAAAUGCAGCCGAAACAGAAACAGGAACCCCGGGAAAAAAGACGCAACCAGAAGAUGCAGGAAAAGAACAGACAACCGUUGGAGCAAAAUCAAAUCAAGAAACACCUGCCGCGGAAAGGGAGGCACAAAACAGAGAAGAGGUAAUAAAAGACGAGGAAGGUUCAGAAAAAGCAACAACAAAUGAAAAUUUUGACGGAAGGCAAACAGCCGUAAAGGACAAUGCCCACAAUGAGGCAGAGAAAACAAGUCAAAAAAAUGAAAAUGAAUUGGAUAAGGCAGAAGAAACAACAGCAGAAGUCAAAGAAAAGGAAGAGACAACCGAAAGAAAAACCGUUGCAGCCAAAGGCCCUAACCUGAACAGCACGGCAGCAACUAACGACAGUGACAGCAGCACCGCGGUCUCCCACACCACCUCCCCUCUUUUGCUUCUUCUUCUUGUUGUUGCGUGUGCGGCUGCGGCUGCGGUGGUGGCCGCGUGA